GCCUCCAGGGGGCUCCUUUGUGUUGAAUUUAGCAGCAGAAUCAGCAGCUGCAGCCUCUAAGCUGCACACCCCAGGUUCCAUGCAAAUUUGUGAGAUCAGUAAGUGUCAAGCGCCUUCAGCCUGACUCCAACCCACUGGCUCCUGGGAUCUGAUGCUGCAUUAAGGACAGGGGGCUGCUGUGCUGGACUCCACACAAAGACUCCCAUCAGUAGCAAGCAAGGGGCAGAGCUUCUCCCACCCAUCUGUCUCCUCACCUUUGUAUGUCCAACUGACAAGGAUAAGGUGCCAGUUGCCCUCAGAUUGUGCUGCCUUAGGGGCUGUUUAAUCCACCACCAUGGUGAAACUAGGGAAUAAUUUUAGUGACAAAGGGACAAAGCCUCCGAUAAGCGAAGAUGGAUUCGACACCAUCCCUCUGAUGACCCCCCUGGAUGUCAAUCAACUGCAGUUCCCACCCCCUGACAAGGUUGUGGUCAAAACCAAGACUGAGUAUGAACGGGAUCAUAAGAAAGGCAAAUUCCGCACUCCCAAAAUUGCCGAAUUUACCAUCAGCAUCAGUGAAGGAGUGUCGGAAAGAUUCAAGGUUACCAUCCUUGUCCUGUUCGCCUUGGCUUUUCUAGCUUGCGUUGUGUUCCUGGUAGUCUAUAAGGUCUACAAGUAUGACCACGCCUGUCCUGAAGGAUUUGUUUUGAAGAACAAUCGAUGCAUUCCUGCAGCUCUAGACAACUAUUACGCUGAACAAGAGCCAAGUGCCCAAGGGAAGUUUUACACCGUUAUAAAUCACUACAACCUUGCCAAGCAGACCAUCACACGCUCAGUAUCCCCGUGGAUGACGGUCCUCUCAGAAGAAAAGCUCUCCGAACAAGAGACCGAGGCCUCUCAGAAGUCUGCUUAGCUUGACAAAUACAUUGUUUGCAAAGCGAGAUGAAUGCAACCAGAGGACUUAAAAAAACAAAAACUUCAAAAUAACAACAAAAUUAAACAUGUUAACUACUUUUCUGCCUCUGACAGUCAAGCGGUUAAUCGUAAUGUAGAGAUUAAUUGUAUUUAUGGUAAGAAAACGCUUGUUUCCUGGUAUUGCUGUGCCUACAUGACUGUACAGACCAUUAAUGGAUACAUCAUCUCCUGGCAUAUCAUUUUGUUAACUUCAUACCAUGGAAACUGCUUAUAUGGGAGUGUGUUUUCCUUUAAAUGACACUUGAAUUCAAUAUAGGGGUGUAUGACAGUACAGAUAUUACACAGGGGCAUUUGUAUCCCUUAUAUUUAAAACUGCAACAUUAGAAGGGAAACUAAACAAUUUGAAAAUUGGUCCAAACUUUAUGUAAAAUAUGCAUAUACAAGGGCAAACGUGAUCGCUUUGGAAAGACAUAACAAAAUCUCAAAUGCAUAUUUUUAUUAAGGGAUUUCGAAAACUUUAUCAGGAACUACGUAUUGACAAAGACAUUACAUUUUUCCCACAAAGCUAUUUUUGCAGCCGGUUAGUUUUAGCUAUAUUUUAAAUUCCAAUGUCAAUUCUUCACAAUUCAUGAUUUAGUAAAUAAGCCCAUAUAGCGGUCAUAAAAUUAAGGGUAUACAUUUUGGAUUUAACCCACCCCUGUUUAAGAUCUAUUACAGAGUUAAAUUUAAAUACCACAAGCAUCCCAAAGGUACCACAUAAAAGAGAAUAAUACACUUUAUUCGGAUAAGCAGAACCGUAAAUACAAUACUAUAUUGGUCUCUAUAGAAUGCCAUUAUCCAUAUUUUGUAGAGAUACAUAUAGGCCUUUAAAAUAGCCCUGUGUUUGCAAACAAAUACAUCAUCCUUGUAGAUUACAAAAUGAACUUUUUUCAAUUCGAUGUUUCUCUAGUAGUGACAUAGCAGCAUAUUUUGUGAGUUUUGACACCUGUGAUGAAAAUCACUAAACUUUCUUGAAAAUGCAUCACUGAGUGUUGUUGGUUUCCAUAAAUUGCAUAGAUAGUUAACACAAAUAGAAAUUAGACUUUUUUUUUUUUUGUUUUCUUGUAGCAGGGCAUAUAAAGACAAUGUGAAAACAAAAUGCUGAAUCUCUUUCCAAUGUUAACACACAGGUAACUGCAGUUUGGCCAUACAUAAAAUGAAAGCUGUAUAGACAGAAAAGAAACCUUGUGCAGGCAAGGAAGCUGCAUGCAUUAGGUGGGGUGCUCUGUUAUAGCCGGAGAUUAACAAACUGAGUAUUCACAGGGUGUCCUGUUACUAGGAACCACAAAGUGCUAUUUUAUUCCAAGAAAGAAUCUUGGGAAAGGUCCACAAGUAGAAUCUCAACAUUUUAAGAUCAUAUUUUGUGGUAUCUAGUCAUGUAAGUCCAGUGAUGCUCAAUCAAUUUAUGGCUUUAUAUAAAUGGUAUAGUUACCAGAAUUCUAAAACAUGCAGUACAUUGGUGACGGCACCCCUAACAUAUCUGGACCAUUAACAAAUCAUUGACUUCACUCUUGUAGUUAUAGGUAUAUUUGCUUUUCGUGAUUCAGAAAGACAUCAUAUUCAACUGCUAUUAGCACACAAUAUGUGGACGUUUAGGGAAAACUGCAGUGACAUUCUGUCUUUUUUAACAUGUACUCACUGUGUUCCCAUUGUUUCUGUAACAUUUCUGGACAUGCAUACAUGUACAUUUAAACCAUCUGCUGUCAGAUGUCUGGAAUGCAUUGUUUACCAACACACUGCUAUUCAAUGCUUGGUAAGAAUUGUCAACUGCCAAACAUUGCAACUCCUAUUACCCUGAAAAAGUUUGAUGGCAGGAAUAUCUACAGCUGUGUAAACUGACUUACUCUGGUAUCUGAGAGAGGGCAGCUGAGUUCGAUAAGAAAACAUUAGGUUAUGUGUCCGCUAACAACCAGACCUAGGUCAAAAUUGUACCAAUUUGGAUAAAAUAACUCAGUGGGGAAUUUUUGCUAUCGGUUUGGUCUAAUUUUUCAAGUUGGGUCACAACUCCUCCCUUUUUAGUAAAUAACCAAUAGGACGCGUUUCAAGGAUUGUUUGUUUACAGAUCUUGUUACUCAAAGGAUACCCCAGACACCAAUACUGCACAAAGCAAUUAUUAGAAGCAAAGCCUGUAACAUACUGUGUUUUUGGCACUUUCCGUUUUUCAUUUCGAAUGGGAAGUAUCACAAUCUGCUUUUGACAUCUCAUUAUGGAGUUUAUUGUGCAGCAUAGUCAAACCAUGGCUUCCCGUUCAAAAUAAAUAUAUAAUGAAAUAUUUCCGAUUUAACACAAACAGGCCGAGCCCUCUAUAGGUCAGAGAUAAAGGCAUUUUAAAUGUAAGAACUGAAUGCUCUCCUAUUCAGAUCCAGCUUUAAGCAUGAAGUAUGGCUCAAUACAGUUUACGGUAUUAUUCCAGUGCAUGCCAGCAGGAAAUACUACAUAGUCACAGAUCAUAUUGGCAAAUUUCUUUAUCAGUAUAAAUCUAGACCUUAGUAAUGGACCACACGGGCUCCCUUAGUAUAUGCAUCAGUGGGGAAAAAGCCCAACAUGAUUCACCACCCUUUGGUAAUGAGGGAGGUCAUAUUUACAGAUCUUUGACGGAAUCUUAUGAGUAGGCUGCCUUAUAUUUAGUUGGACCUGUGUCUAAAGAGAAUUUGACAUUAUAUAGUAAGAGAAAAUGAGAUUCGCACUCAUAAAGAACAAAAAAAAAAAAAAAAACCUCUAAGAAUCUUAAUGAACCAGCUAGGAGGAUCAGAAAGGAAUACUGCCCCCCUGCAGCUUGUUCCUAAACUCCCUGUACAGUGUGGGUUUCAGUGGUGGACUGCUAAUAAACAUGCUUAGGGGGAACACUGCUCAAUAGAUGCUACAUUCUAGUCAUUCUAAUAAAACUGUUUGAGAAGACAUUUGAUACAUGUUACAUAUAUGCUUAGCCAUAUAGUUCUGAUUAGUCUUUCCGCUCCACGCAAAUAAUCUAUUGAGCAAUUACGUACAGCGAAUGAAUAAAACAUUGUGUCCAUUGCCCUGUUGUUUUGCACAAUAGUGUCUCCACUUCUUCCUAUAAAUAUUUAUUACUUAACUUAUAUUGUUUUGAUUCUCGUCUCUUUACACAAAAAAAAAAAUCUAGUGUGUUUACAGCACUUAGGUGUGAGGUAUGCAUUAUUUCAAUCUCCUGUUGUUUGAAUGUGUUUUGGUUUUUUUCUUCAGUGA